AUGCCGUCGCUGCCGCAUCGCCCAGCGCUGGCUCCCCGUGACGGCAUAUCCAGCUUCGUGUCUGUCCAAAGCUCCGAUUCCUACUAUAGUGACGAAGAAAUCGCUAUUCUGCAUGAUGUCGUCGCGGCCGCGCAGGAGAACCUCGAACUCCUUCCCGAGGGUGAACGAUUGGCAACAAACGCACUAUUCCAAGCAUACGAUGCCGUCCUACCGCUCUACGGUGUCGACCCGGAGGAAGACCACCACAUUUCCCGCCUCGUCUUCCGGAUCGGCGGCGAGCGCGGUGAUGGAUCUCUACUGGAAAAACUUCGUGCCGUCUUGUCCAGGAUGGGCAUCGGACUCGAGUUUGACAGUCGCAGCGACGGCUCCAGAGUGCUGUCAGACCGCGACGAUGGCCCGGAGUAUCACGACGACCCUAGCAACAGAGGGUCUUCCCAGCCAUCACCAGCCCUCACGGCGACAGAUGAAAACUCUGGCGCAUCUUUGGACGAUCUUUCUGGAGAGCAUCACCCAGUCUUCCAGCCAGUCCAACGGCAAGAGUUCGCAUCUCUCCCUCGUUCACAGCCUUCCGAGACAUAUCACUUGGACGAUUCCACAUCUCCCCCAAGGCUGACACACGGGGGUGCGGGAACGAACCAUUCGAACGUAGAGCCCGCUAGACAAAUCAAACCACCACAAAACUAUACGCCGUCUACGGCUGGAGACACGGAGCAAACCCACCCUAGCCAUCAGUCACUCGCCGGUACUAACGAGCAACGUGGCGCAAGCGACACAACGGUUCAGCCCGUCGAAGCCCUCAACGCCCGUCCAGUGAAGAACGGAAAUGAGACGCCCGCGCUCUCCGUCAAGUCCAAGCCUGUGCGAACGGUGAACUGGCUGUUGCCUCCCGAUAGCCCCACUGAACCGGUUCAAGAUGGAGGCGAAAUUGCUCAGUCUGAGGCUGGGCCCAUGGCGAAAGAGCCGGUGGGGCACACACUUGAUGUUCAACAAUCUCCUGAGCCUGAUGUUGCCAUCCAGGAACCUGUCACCCAACAACCUGUCACUCAACAACCUGUCGAACCUCCUGCCGAGCAAGAUCAGCCAGCUAAAAACCACUCUGAUAAACAUGGCGAAUAUCGCGUAGAGGUACAAGUAGUCGAUCCACAGCCAGAGGAAGACCUGGGAGCGGAGGCGCGAUAUGCUCUACUGGAACGACGAGCAGGAAAAGCGGCUGGGUAUCUCUUACUCCUCAGAGGAAUAUCUCACUGGAAACAGCAUGCCCUGGACAGGCUCGAACGAACAGCCGUGGCCAGGAGACAUAUCCUGCGGAUGCGUCACUUCGAUUCGUGGGAGCUCGUGACGGCUGAGACUAGGUUCAGAGGCCGCCGCGUUUUCGCCGCUCGUCUCAUGGCCCUCUGGCUCACACGAGCCGAUGAAGAUAGUGUGAUGGAGCACUAUGCCUCAGCUCAUGCUCAGCGCAAACUUGCCCAGAACCUUCUCACUAAGUGGUUCGCCUCCUGCCUGACUGAUAAUCGACCUCAACAUCCCCCCCGUUCUCUGAACAGCUAUUUGCAACACUGGCAAUCGGCGUGCGCAAGUGUACAAAAAUUACACACCCAUUCGGAUACCCUACAUCACAGACACGAGCAGUCUCAAGCUAUCAAGACAUGGCACCGUCAGGUGGCAAUGCACCAUAAAAACGUCUCAUCAUUCCGUCGCUUCAACGUCGUACGCGAUUCACUGAGCCAGUGGCAUCUGGAAACGCGGGUCGAAAUCUUCAGGGCCAGGAUGGGAGUAAGAUUGAUUCGCAACUCCUUGUCAAGGUGGCAAAGCGCCUGUCGGACGCCACCAUCCCUUGGCCGAGCUAACGGCUGUGGCGAUGGAAGCUCUGUCAACCAUCAUCAUCAGACUAGCCGCAAAUUGCCCCGAUCGCUGCGAGGGGGCAGCUACUUCGGAAACAUUUCAGAUCGCAUGCUCAAGACAAAGGUCCUAGAAAACUGGCAACAGCAAACUAUAGCGGUCGCCAAGAUCAGCACAACUUCGCGACAUUUCGCGGUGCAUCAAUGCGCUCAGAAGGCCCUAGAGUCAUGGCAUGUCGACGUUGCCCGUAAUAGAAGCCUCCAUAUGUGGGCGAAGCGCGGCUGUUUCUAUGUCAGUGUUACGCAUGCAUUGAAGACAUGGCGCUCAAAGGCCUCCUGGAGGUCCAAUACUCGAAAAUCAUAUGCGCGAUGCAGGCAACACGUCAAGGCCACCUUUACCAAAGGCUAUCUCAGUCGGUGGAAGAUUGCUACUCGUGCUCAUGGUAAUAUUAGCUGGGAGACGCACCAACAUCACGAUGCGAUGAAUCGGGAUCGUCUCGCUCGUAUGCUGUGUGCAUGGCGAGACAAGAGCAGCAAUGACUGGGGAGCAGGCAGGCUUUUGACAGCCGCGUGGGUCGGGGAGUGGCAGAGGAUGUCAGAGGAUCACGCAGGGAUGCAAACCCGUGCUGAACAAGCCUGGGGAGUAACGCUCGAGUCUCGUUAUUGGAGCCAGUGGCAGUCGACUUUGCUACAGCUUAAAAGCCGCGAAUACGUUGCACUUGAUGUCCGGGAAAGGAACAGGAAGAAAGUGGCACGGCGGCUCCUGCUUCAUUGGAAAGGGGAUAGGGAUUUUUCCAUGUCACAACAGUCAAUGGCCACUCGAGCCAACUUUGCCAGUUCUCGGAGAGGUGCUGGUUUUGGCCUCAGCCACAGCGCCGUGCCACUUUCUAGGGCAGUGCAUGAACGAAGUGGAGGCUUGUCACUCAGGGCUUCUAGGAUACAAGAGGUUGGUCCAACGGCUGAAGAAGAGGAUCACGACGGCGCCGGCUCCGCGACUGAUGUCGAUGGAGUCGUCAUGGAUACGCCAACGCGAUGGACCGGUAUGGCGUCUUCUGUCAGGCUACCGUCCAUGACACCGUUCGCGCCGCUACCGACGCCGUUUGAGCGAGAGCUCCGGGAGCGUUACAACAAGAGCGUACCUACAGUUCCUACGGGUCAGCUGAGCAGACUUUCUUUCGCACAGGCACAAAGACUCUCCGUGGCAGAGACUCGACGAGCGGGAAAUGAAAGUAGGCCAGAGGCUUCGAGUAGAGGGGAGUGA